ACAACUUACGAACUAGACAUUCCUGGCAUUUUCAGGUAUAUUGGAAGACUAAAAAAGAACAAGAUUUUUGUCGCUUGGCUGAAAAAUAUCACAUAAUUAUUGAUGAAUAUUGGAAAUGUAUAACUAUUGUAAUCGUUUGCUUGAUCAAACAAAUAUUUCAGGACAAAAAUAUUUGUACAUCUGAUAUGAAGACAAAGUUGUUGGCAAACGCGGAAAAUUUUUGGAAUUCUGGGAAAUUUCAGCGACUAUUUAAGGACUUUCAAAUUAUUAGUUGUCAUUUUAUAUUUCCUUCACACAAGGAGAGAGUUUUACAUUGUUGCUGUGGUUAAAGAUAUAUCUGCAGAAAAAAUGAAGUAUCUUGCCAUUCUUUUGUGCCUUUUCCUUUCCCAAGUUCUUUGCGUUCUCGGAAUACGCAAUGGAAACUGCACCGAUCCAAAUCUCAGAAGGCAGCUGGAUGAUUACUGCUACAGUUGUACUAACGGCAAUCCGAUUCAGUUUGCAACUUGCAUCCAAACUAACUUUCCCAAUGGUGGCUACUCUUACAAAUAUAACUGCUACUAUGUUCACGAAUGCCCAAAAGCUGACCAAAGCUGUCAGAACUAUUGUAGAUUUUAUGGCUAUCCAUAUUCCUGCACUAUUCCAAGCAAAAGAGUCUAUUGUGCCUGCGGCAAAAUAUCGUAUGACAACAAAUUGUACUACUAUUAUUUAUAUUAAGUAGGCAUAACGAGCAGGAUGGAAUAAAGAAGACACUGGAAAUGGCCAAUCUACAACAGGAAGAUUUUAUUUUUUCUCAUUUGGCGUAUUAGCACAUUCUGCUGAAAUUCAAAACCUUCUGAAUUUUGUACCAAAUUUCAUUCAAUUUAUGUAAUAUAUGGAUAUUCUUUAUGAAAUUAAAAGUAUUG